GUGCCUAUUUGCCUAAAGUUUUUCAUUUCAACCUUGACUUUCAACGCGUAGUUUCAAUUAUUCACAGCAGAAAUGCAUAUCAAUAUUUAUAGUAUCUGAUGCUGUCAUAUAUUUCUCUAUUAAAUUUUAUAAUUAUUUAACUUUAUUUUUUUUCAUGGGUAAAUACUUGGUACGCUGUGCUCCUGAAACGUGAUAUUCGCUUGCUCCCGCCUGCCCCCGCUUCGCCGCCUCGCUCGGUCGAACGAAAGGAACGAGUAGCGACAGGCGGCUAGAAUGGCAUUUGUGCGUUAAAUUGUUAGUUUUUUUGUGUGAACAAGUGCAUAUUUCUCACAGUAACGUCUUUACGCUAUGACCUUUCUUGUAAUUAUGUGAUUAUCGGUUACAUAGUUCUACGUUAUGUGUCGUUUAAAAACGUUUGUGUAUCGUGAAACGUAAAGUGACUGGAUCCGGGGUGGCGAUGGCCCUUGGAUUUUGUAUCGUUGUAUGCUGCAAUAAUGGACCGAAUUCCCACUAACGUUGUGUGAAUUUAAAUUAUUCGGUUACGACCGGCAUGGAUGAGGGUCUGCUGAACGACCUUCUCGAGUGCUCCGUGUGUCUGGAGCGGCUCGACACGUCCUCUAGAGUGCUGCCAUGCCAGCACACGUUCUGUCUAAAAUGUCUCAAGGUUAUAGUGGAAUCCCACAAGGAGCUGCGAUGCCCAGAAUGCCGCAUCUUAGUAGAGACGAAGGUCGAGGAGCUGCCCCCCAACGUGCUGCUCAUGAGGAUCCUGGAAGGCAUGCGGAACAAUGUCCCACGCAAGCUACCGACGCAACGGACCAAUAGACAUGUUCAGGGGCAGCCUCAGCAGAGCGGUCAGAGCCGGGACAAGCAGCUGCCGCCGCACGGGCGCGCGCUCUACGACUUCAUCUCCAAGGAACCAGGCGACCUCUCGUUCAAGAAAGGUGAAACAAUAUUGCUACAGAAGAAACUGGACGCCUUCUGGUACCAAGGAGAGACCUCCGGCCGGACCGGGGUCUUCCCUAUCACUUACCUACAGGUGAUAGUUCCGCUUCCUGUCCCGACGGCGCUAUGCAAAGCGCUGUACGACUUCCGGAUGUCGGCGCCGGAUGAAGAGGGCUGUUUAGCGUUUGAUAAAGGGGCGAUAAUAACAGUACACCGGCGAGUGGACGAGAACUGGGCGGAGGGUCGGCUAGAGCAACGGGUCGGCAUCUUUCCUAUCGCCUUCGUGGAGCUCAACCAGCCCGCCCGACAUCUCAUUAAUAGCCCGCCGCUGAACCGGCCGGUGCCGCCGCUGCCGGAGCAGGCCCGCGCGGGCCACUCGGACCACAGGCACCAUGCGCAGCACUCCCACCGCUACCAACCAAUGUCGAUGUCAACGCCUACCACGAACGUCGGCAACUACCAGAACAUGCCGGCCAUGAGCCACUCCCACCCCAACUACCACUCCCCCCCGCACAUCCUCCCCCCACAGCACAUCGCACACAACCUCACCCCCCGGAACAUUCUAGAACCCGCCCAGACCAAACACUCCCUAGACCUAAUACACUUCACCAACGUACAUAAUAAAACGCACGGAUCGCAAGCCACUAUGAUGCAAAGCGUUUCAAGAAUAGGGGAAAACUACGAUCGACUUAGAACAGUCAAAUAUGACAGCUACAACACCACACCAGUACACAAACCUGAUACUACAUAUCAAAACGUCAGAACGCAUGAACAUUUCCCCGUAUCUGUGGCUAACUUCAACGCGAACAACGUCAGUUCGGAUUCAAGUUCUAGUGUGAACACAGCUUCAGUCGUCAGUUCAACGACAACUCCUAAUACCAGCUCCAACGAAAGUACCUGUGAAAGCGCCGAACCGAGCUUACCCAGCUCGCCUGAUAAUAAUACCGAGCGAAAUGCGACCGUAAUCGCUUCUACUACGACUCAAAAUCCAACUGAAGAAGAAAAUGAAAACCCUGAUUCGUCUCUCAACGCUUCUAUGGGAGUUCUAAGCUUAAACGAGAGCUCGACCGCGACGAAUACUUCUUUGAAUGUAUCUCUGCCGCCCGCCGAAAGUCCAAAAUUGAAUGCAUCUGCGAACAGUAACUCUACGGCGAAUCAUAACGAUAGCCAGGAAGGUCCAAGCAAUUCUGAAUCUUCACGGCUCGACGCGCCUUCGUCUUCUAAGAUUUUGAACCGGCCUAGUGGUCCGGAUUCUUUGCUGAACUUCGGUAUAGGGCUGCAGGCGGCGCUGUCGCCGUCUCACGGGAAAGACGGGAACUACAUGGUGGCGAGGAACCAUAGAGACCAUCAUCAUAGAGAGAAGAGACAUAGUCUGACGCCCUCGUCGCAUUUGCAGGCUAACCAUUCUACGCAAAACAGACAUUCAGCGGAGAUCCUGGCCACCAGCCUGCUGGACCAGGCCGAGCCGGAGGCGCGGCGCCGGCGCCGCAGCCGGAGCGGCGAGCGCGCGCUGCCGGCCGCCUACGUCGCGCUCUACCCCUACAAGCCGCAGAAACCCGACGAGCUCGAACUCAAGAAGGGAGGUAUGUACAUAGUGACGGAGCGGUGCCGCGACGGCUGGUACAAGGGCCGCUCCGAGCGCUCGCAGCGCGCCGGGGUGUUCCCGGGAAACUACGUCGCCAGGUCCAAGCACGAGAAGGUGCAGGUGGUGGCGCCGGCGGCGGCCCCGGCCCCGGCGGCCCCGGCGGCGCCCGCGCAGCCCGCGCCGCCCGACGCGCCGCCGCGCGCGCACAGCCCCCCGCCGCAAGGUCAACCAUUAUCAUACCCUUGGAGUUCCAGUGUUCAAAACCAAAUUCAGCAGAGCACACCUAAAUCGGACAAGAAUAAAGACAAAAAAGGCGAAAAAUCCAUAUCGACCGGCGUGAGCUUGAUGAAGCGCCUCGCCGCCAUGAAGAAAUGUAAAUCCCCGCCGCCCGUCGGCUACAGCAUGGACAACCCCGUGUUCGAGGACGCCGCCUCGUGCUCGCUCACCGCGCGGCUGCAGCCGCAACAUGUCAGGACGCCGCCUCGUGCUCGCUCACCGCGCGGCUGCAGCCGCAACAUGUCAGGUGAGAUCAGUAAAUCCCCGCCGCCCGUCGGCUACAGCAUGGACAACCCCGUGUUCGAGGACGCCGCCUCGUGCUCGCUCACCGCGCGGCUGCAGCCGCAACAUGUCAGGACGCCGCCUCGUGCUCGCUCACCGCGCGGCUGCAGCCGCAACAUGUCAGGUGAGAUCAGUAAAUCCCCGCCGCCCGUCGGCUACAGCAUGGACAACCCCGUGUUCGAGGACGCCGCCUCGUGCUCGCUCACCGCGCGGCUGCAGCCGCAACAUGUCAGGACGCCGCCUCGUGCUCGCUCACCGCGCGGCUGCAGCCGCAACAUGUCAGGUGAGAUCAGUAAAUCCCCGCCGCCCGUCGGCUACAGCAUGGACAACCCCGUGUUCGAGGACGCCGCCUCGUGCUCGCUCACCGCGCGGCUGCAGCCGCAACAUGUCAGAAUCCCCGCCGCCCGUCGGCUACAGCAUGGACAACCCCGUGUUCGAGGACGCCGCCUCGUGCUCGCUCACCGCGCGGCUGCAGCCGCAACAUGUCAGGUGAGAUCAGUAAAUCCCCGCCGCCCGUCGGCUACAGCAUGGACAACCCCGUGUUCGAGGACGCCGCCUCGUGCUCGCUCACCGCGCGGCUGCAGCCGCAACAUGUCAGGUGAGAUCAGUAAAUCCCCGCCGCCCGUCGGCUACAGCAUGGACAACCCCGUGUUCGAGGACGCCGCCUCGUGCUCGCUCACCGCGCGGCUGCAGCCGCAACAUGUCAGGUCUGGCUCGUGCCCGUCGCAACUGCUGCGCGCGCUGCCGGCCGGCGUCGGCUCGGGCGUCGGCGAGCGCCGGCACAAGGAGCGGAUACUGCACGACCAUCGCGUCAGUAGAGUAAACACCGAGAGCCCGUGGCAGUCGCAGCACCGCAAGUCGCAGUCGCUGGACGUGACGGCCACGCGGCGGGACAGGCACGCGCAGCCCGUCAAAGAGAGAUUUCGCUGCAUAGUCCCGUACCCGCCGAACUCGGAGUACGAGCUGGAGCUGAAGGUGGACGACAUCGUGCUGGUGUCGCGCAAGCGCGGCGACGGCUGGUACAAGGGCACGCUGCAGCGCACCGGCCGCUCCGGCCUCUUCCCCGCCUCCUUCGUGCAGCCCGCGCCCCGCGACUGACGCCGGCCCCGGAGGUUCGGGACGCUUUACUAAUUCACGUGUGCUUUACUAUCUCAGCAAGGCAAGGACUCUUCUCGGUCUCCAUCGUCCGACUCCCGCCUCGGAACUGACGUAGUUUACGCCCAGUCGGCUCGGGACUUUAAUAAUGAAAAGUGUGUAGAUAUAACGGAAUAUUCGGAAUUAGGUGCGGUUUAUAAUAUAACGAUCCUUAAUGAAUUACGUUAAGGUACAAAGGAAUUUUGUUGCGGACUUGAUGGAUAGGAUGCUUCGUUCGUGCAGCCCACACACCACGCCCAGUUGGUUCAGGACGUUGUAUUGAUGAAAACUGUGUAUAGUCUGUAUCUUUAGGUAUUUAAAAAAAGGUAAACAAAAUCUACCCUCAAAUGGCUCCUUAAGGCAGUUGAGGGUAGAUGAAAACAUUACAUGAUCAAAUAAUGUAGGUUUAAAGUCAGGUCGUUCAGUAACAGAUCCAGGCGGUUUUGUAUUUGGUUGGUUAACCAAUAAAUAUUAAAACUACCCGAAAAUGUACAAAUUGUUUGUUUACCUUUUUUUAAAUACCUAUAGAUACUAUACAAUACAAAUAUUCUUUAUUGCACACCUUAAUACUGAAAACAAUAUAAAGAAUACAGAAUUAGGGCGCGGAGAAUAUUUGUUGGACCUUCACGUAACCCAUUAAAGUCCGUCAAUCUGUAACGUCAUAAUUACGUGAAAUCUAAAUCGGUUAUCCGAUUAUCAUUCAAUCCACACGAGAUAUUUGAAAAUUAAAUUUUACGAAUGACACUAAGCACUGUCAAUGUGAAAUUCACUCUUAGGACUAAGAUAAAAGGUUGAAUAUGAUCUUAGGACUAAGAUAAAAGGUUGAAUAUGAUCUUAGGACUAAGAUAAAAGGUUGAAUAUGAUCUUAGGACUAAGAUAAAAGGUUGAAUAUGAUCUUAGGACUAAGAUAAAAGGUUGAAUAUGAUCUUAGGACUAAGAUAAAAGGUUGAAUAUGAUCUUAGACAUUCAAAGUAUGAAGUUCAGAAACAUUGGAUGUUGAUGUAGUUUCACUAAGAAUGAUACUAUGAUGCAUUGUCAACACAGUUAGCUGACCAUGAACCUUACUGCAUUGACAUACAGUCUAUCUUUGAUGAGUUAAAUGUGUAAUGCACAUAGCGUUGUGUGUUCGCGUAGCAUAUUCGCCGUGUCUAAAUAUUCGUAUGAAGUCCGAACAACAAAAAUGUGACAUCCACACUUGGGGAGCCAACAGAAAUGCGGGAAUACGUUUGAACUUACUACGAACCAUGUGUAGACUGUGUUCGCAAAUAUAUACUUGAUUUGCGUCCUUUGAUACGCGUGUUGGCUUAUUGGAGCAAAUGUAGACGAAUAAAUCCUGCUCACAUGGUGGGUUGGGCCAAGUACAGCAAAUACGAACACGCAACGCCACGUGAAAUGUCAGCAUUACAGUUACUACUGAAUAAAGUGAGCAGCAUCUUCUCAAAUAUUCGCUCACGUUCUUAGCUCUGUAUAUAGUACAUUAUCAGUUCGAUGAAAUUUGUUGCAUUUGUUUUUGGUCGUUCAGUUUUCAAACAAAAGAAAAUCAACUCUAUUUCCGACACUAAAGGUUCCAUUUUGUACUCCUUAGGUGGUUAAAAUAACUGUAAUGUCCUGUCCUAUCGUCCAAACUGUUAGUUGAAAAUUAAACCUUGUUUCAAAUACGUAAGGUCCAUCGAUCAGUUAUAAUUGUUGCUUUUCGUAUUUUCAUCAACAUCAUGCAUCCCAAAUAAAUAAUUUCCUAUACUCUGUAUAAACUUUAGGUGUUUGAAUAAAAAUAAACAAACAAUUUGUACAUUUACGGGUAGUUAUAACAUUUAUUGGUUAACCAACCAAAUACAAAAUGGAUCUGUCACUGAACGGCCUGACUUUAACCUACAUUAUUUGAUCAUGUAAUGUUAUCAUUUACCCUCAACUGGCUUCAGGAGCCAUUUGAGGGUAGAUUUUAUUUACUUUUAUUUAAAUGCCUAAAGAUACAGUACUUUGAAUCGAGAUAGCAUGAUAUUGAUAAACUUUUUGUAAAAUGAUAAUUCCCUGUAGUCGAAUAGUAGCAUGUAAGGAAAAGGUAAGCUCAUUUUUGUAUGGACAAAGCAGGGAGGUAAGCUAAGAUUACAAGCUGGUCUCUACAAGCUAAGAUUGAAUGUGAUUGAGUAUGAUCUGAUUUUGUGAAUUGGACUUUAUUUAAAUGAUGUAAGAUUCAAAUUUUGAAAUUAGAGAUUCGGGUUCUUGAUAUUAACCCCCUUAUUCAUAAACGUGUACUAAAGUUACGAUGCCGCUGAUCAUCGUUUGUCCCUUUCCGACGUAUUGGUAUGAUGGUAUGAUGGAAAGGGACAAACGGUGAUAAAUGUUGAAUAAGGGGGUAAAUGUUUUAGUCUAGGACUUGCAUUUUGAACUAGUCGUCUUACAUAAAACAUCGAAAUUUCUAAACUAUUAGUACAUUGAACUGCAAUAAUAUAAAUGUCUAAUGUAACAGUUAUACCAGGGCCAUUUUAAGUUGUAUAUUACACUUUUAGAUUUGGUAAUUUUCAUGUUAUUUAUACUUAGAAUCACAAGCUUUUUUGAUCCUAGGAGAAAAAAAGUGAUCGAGAUUGUAAUUUCCAUUCUGUUACCAUUUUUAGGGUUCCGUACCUUGAAAGAAAAAAAAAACGGAACCCUUAUAGGAUCACUUUGUUGUCCAUCCGUCCGUCUUUCUGUCUGUCUGUCUUUAUCUCGGGAACGCGUGGAGCUGUCGAGUUGAAAUUGUAACCAAAUACUCAGGUCUACAGUCCCUUUAAGCUGUGAAAAAAUCGAACUUCUAAGUUAAUGUAAAAAAAGAUUUUACCACAAAAAAAAAACGUAUAUUUCGACACUCUCAAGGGAAUCAAGAUUUAUAGGGUACUUACUGUUGACCUAGAACUAUGAAAUUUGGCAAGUAAUAUCGUCUUACACUACAGGGUCAGGGAAAAAUCUAAAAAAUACACAUUUGUAAAAAAUAAUAAAUUAAAAAUAAGUUAAAUUUGUACGGAACUCUCGGUGAGCGAGUCCGACUCGCAGUCCGGUUUUCAUAGUGUGACGAGAACGGAAAAGAAGAAGCGAAAAUGCAUGGAAAUUUCAGGACGGUAUUUUUUUCUUAUUAGGAUCGAAACAGCUAUAAAUAUUGAGUAGAAAUUGCAUAAAAAUUCCCAAAACUUAAAAAAAAUUGUAGUGUAGAGUUAGACCGAGCUACAGUUGGCACCGAUUUUGAUAGCCCAGACUGUGCAGGUGUUAUUUUAAACGUCAAACUUCUAUGAAAUAAUGACGUUUAAGUAACACUUGCACAGUCUGAGCAAUGUAAAUCGCCGCCAACUUAGCUCGGUCCAAUUUUAUAACUUUAAAUAAAAUGACCCACCAAUGUUUUAUAUCCAGUAUUUUUCUUAAUAUGUACAGUAUUUUGUUAAACCCCGUUGUGUUGACUGAACACUACUGCCAUCUUUUGUAUCAUAUUUCCGAAUGACUCCUUGGUAAAUUAUUUUUUUAUAAAUUUCCGUUAUAGGGCAAAAGCCAUCCAAAAACGAAGUGGGCCAAUAACGAGUCCAGAGUAAUGUAUUUUUAUAAAAAAAAAAGUAAAUGGAAGUCACAUUGAUGAUCUAGAGUCGGACCAAGAUAAUGUUGGCAGCGAUAUUGACAGCCCAGACAGUGCAAGUGUUAUUUUAAACGUCUAUCUAUCAAAAACGCUGCCAACUUAGUUUGGUCUGACUAAUAAGCGUUACUCUAUAACGCCACAGCUAAAAAGAAAAAUCUUCAGUUUUCGGCAAGAGACAUAUGAAGAAAAAAUAUGAGUAAGGCGCACAGUGCAUCCGAUUCGCACGUCGCUCAGAUGUCUGAGCGAGACAACUCUAUACGCGUAUUAUAGCGACAUCCCGCUCGCACGUCGGAACGUACGCGCGAAUCGUUGCAGUGUGCCAUGCGCCUAUGCUAUGUAUUACAAGUUGCAAUGUUAGCAUGGCUUGAAAAUACACUUUCAGCGUUACCGUUUAGAUGUUUAAUAUUUUUGUAAAAACAUUUCGUCAGGUGACCAACGAGUUGAAAGCCAUAGUGAACCGUAGUACAACAAGGUUGAUAUUUGUUUUUUUUUUUUGUAAUUAACAUUAACAUUAUUUGUUAAAUUUUUUCGUAAUUAGUUAGUUUUGGUAUUCACCUGACGAUUUGAUUUGUCUUGACGUUAUUGAAGGUGCAACAAAAUUAGUGGGAUCCGUUUAAGGGCAUAAUCGGUAUCGGGUUUUGUUUAGGAAAAAGUAGGAGAAAAAAUUGUUUUGUCACGAAAAUUUUUUUUUCUAUGGACAAGGUCGUCCAAGUCAGCUAACCAAAGCUAAAAAUUUCCAUGCAAAGGUCUAAAAUUUUUAGCGUCAAAAAAGGUUUUCUUUUACUUUUUCCUAAUCCGAAUACCGAAUGACGGGGCUCAUUUUUGUUACACCUCGUAUACUUUCGUUCGUCGUAUAGUUUGAUUUCAAAACCAAUGCAAUUCACAAGUAAACUUUCAUCAGAAAGAAAAUAAUAUUAUUCCAAUAACUGUAUGUGUUUCUAGCCGAAAAACACUAAAAGUACAUAGUUUUAAUAUUUCAUAGGUAUAUUUUUAAAUAUUCUACCUAUAUUCUUAUAAACUAGGAUAGGCAUUAUGUUUUCGUUCGUAACAUAUAACCUUUGUCGUGCUCUCGGUUGAAUUUAUUUUAUCAAUUAGGUGUGAUACGCUUAUUAUUUUACAUCGGGUUAUUGUUAAGUACCACUGCCAUAUUAUACUUUGCAAAACGUUUUUUGUAUUUCAGUUGUUCGACGUAUAUCUUAAGCCAUUAUCCCGAUAAGGAGUAUAUAAGGAUAACCUUAGACUAAUAUCUAGUUAUACUAUUGUUUUAUUCGUGAACAAUGAUAAUUUAUAUAUACCUGUUUUUUUUUUAAGUUUCACUAUUCGAUAACUAAAUUUUAAUGGUAUUGAGACUGUACGAUAAAAUCUUGUUUUUUAAGAUUUAUUUAAAUAGUUAAAUUUAAAUAAGUAUAUACAUUUUUAGCUAAUGUAAUGUUUUUUUUGGAGGUAACGUAGGUAGUGUUAAGGUUUUUGAGUGAUAUGUCAUUGUUGAUAGGCCCCUAGAGUUUCCGAUCACUGACAUAGGGAAUUCCAAUUGAAUGUUGACAUUUUGUAGUAUUUUACAUUGGUACCGUUUCUACUACUGUAUUUUAGCCGCGCGACUCCAUAUUUAAUCUCAGUACAUGGUCGCCCUAGAAUCAUUUCAGUAUUUUUGUUAUAAUAAAAUAAAAAUUAUUUUGACUACGUGCAGAGUUUAUGGUGGGGGAAAAAAGGACCCAAACUUUGAACUUGAAGUGUCAAUGUACAUGUACAGUUUAUGUUUCCGAUUCAGACCACAAGAUGGCGGACCCUUCGACGCGCACGGGCCCUAUAGUGACUUAUUCUUAAACACUACUGCUAUGACAAGGUCUGAAACAGACAUACACACAUUACAUACAUAAAAUUGUCUUCCCCCAUCAAAAUUAUCAUCUGUACGAAACCGAACAUUAAAUUGUUAAUUAAAAUCCUUAUAAUUAAUAUUCAUUGGAAAUUCAAUAUCUUCUAUGACUAUUUUUAGAAUGUUAAGUCAAAUUUUAAUAGACAAAUAUUUGAGGAUAUUUCAUUGCAGAGAGUCGCGAUGUAUUUUAGCUGUAUUAAAUGUGAUAUUUAUUUUAUUCGUACUUUUUUUAGUGACUUUAUUCCUUCCAUAUCUUUGUUUAGUUUCGUCUCUUUAUUUAUAUUAUUACAUUUUAAUUAUACUCAAGUUUUAUUUUCGUGUAAAUCUCUCCGCGUUUGAAAUAUCCAUUAUGGCGGCCCCACGCUCAUCUGUUCAUAUGAUAAAAAGUUAUUUAGACAAUUAUUAUAUCAGAGUGUGUGGCCCCAUUACUUAAUCUUGUCACAAAAAAAGAACUGAUUUUUUUUAAAAACGUAUUUAUUCGUGGUUUUAACUGUUUGUAUAUUUUUGUGUAACUUAUAACUAACCACAACGAAACCGGUACUUUUUAAUAGCAUAUGUACAAUAGCUGUUAUUUUAAAUGUCAUCAUGGGACUGUUUAGGAAAAAUAUGUACUCUAAACAUGGCACUUUUGUGUUAUAUUAUAAACGGAUCCCAUUGCUGGACAUGUUGGGACAGAAUAUGUCAUCCAUAUCAAAAUUAUUUUUCCGAAAUACAUAACAAUAUACUCGUUAUUGCACAUCUUAUUAAAAGAAAACAGAAAUACCAGUAAAGGUAAACAACAGGCGGUCUUAUCGCUAAAAAGCGAUCUUUUCCACACAACCUUUAGGUAACAGAAGUUUAUAAAUGUACACAUUAGUUACUUUUAUAUUUUCGUAUGAGUUAACUCCUAGAUCAACUUUUGCUACCAUAGCUACGGAAUUAUACUCUGUAUCUUUAAUAUGUAUCUCCAAAUACAAAACCGCCUGGAUCUGUGACUGAACGACCUGACUUUAACAUACGUUAUUUGAUCAUGUAAUGUUUUCAUCUACCCUCAACUGGCUUAUGGAGCCAUUUGAGGGUAGAUUUUGUUCAUUUUUAGGGUUCCGUAGCCAAAUGGCAUAAAACGGAACCCUUAUAGUUUCGCCAUGUCCGUCUGUCUGUCUGUCUGUCUGUCUGUCUGUCUGUCUGUCUGUCUGUCCGAGGCUUUGCUCCGUGGUUGUUAGUGCUAGAAAGCUGAAAUUUGGCAUGGAUAUAUAAAUCAAUAAAGCCGACAAAGUCGUACAAUAAAAUAUAAAAAUUUAAUUUUUUUUAGGGUACCUCCCCUACACGUAAAGUGGGGUUGAAUUUUUUUUUUCGCUUCAACCCUAGAGUGUGGGGUAUCGUUGGAAAGGUCUUUCAAAACUAAUAGGGGUUUUCAAGAAACAUUUUUUGAUAAAGUGAAUAUAUUCGGAGAUAAUCGCUCCGGAAGAAAAAAAAAAUGUGUCCCCCCCCCUCUAACUUUUGAACCAUAGGUCCAAAAAAUAUGAAAAAAAUCGUGGAAGUAGAGCUUAAGAAAGACAUUAAAUGAAAACUAUAGCGGACAUGAUCAGUUUAGCUGUUUUUGAGUUAUCGCAAAAAGUUUUCCCUUCAUAGUAAAAAGACUUACUUUAAUUAGGUACUGAUUAUGCAAAUUUGCCUAUUUGUUUAACUCGGGUGAAAGGUACCGUUUCAUCCCUUGGUUAACAAUUUACUAUACUUUAAGCUCCAGUUUAGCUUAUUGUGACGGAAGAGUAACUACGGAACCCUACACUGAGCGUGGCCCGACAUGCUCUUGGCCGGUUAUUAUUUAAAUAUGCAAAGUUACAGAGUAUAGAAAACAGACCUUUCUCUGUGUUUAAGGUGUCUAAUUGCUCAGCUCAUAUGGCAUAUUCUGUAGCACAUGUCUGCCAGAUAUUACGAUACGGAAUGUCCCGUUUUAGCAUAUUCUCAUGUGCUCUAACGGAUUUGGUUCAGUACUAUCAUUCGCUUCUAGUUUUAUUAAGAAAACCAUAUCGAAGAGUUGAUUAGGUAAUCUUGAAAUGAAAUAAAGAUUUCUUCUUAAAA